UACAGACAGACAGUACAUCAGUGGUGGUGCAACAAACACACGAAUACAGCCUAUUUGCCGCCCACCGAAGGAAGGAGAAAAAGCGCCUUCUCCGUUUCAAGCAAAAUACACUCACUGUUCUCAUUUUCCCCAUAAUCCCCUUCAUUUUCUUUGCCAUUUUCCUCCUUUGAUCAGAGGAGACUUUACACGCACAACAAGACGACGACGUCAAUCAUGGCUUUCUACUCUUUCGCUUGAAUUCUAACGAUUUGCAACCAUCAACGAAUACAAACGACAGAAUGAAAGCUGAGAUAUUUUGGUCAUCUUGUUAAGCCCUUUAUCAACUCUCGAUCAUUUACACAAGGCCAACUAAGCUGUUUCGACACAUUCGAUCUUUAUAAUUUCUCUACCUCGCCUCUUUUUUUCUAACUCUUAUCUCAAACAAACAUCAACGGCGUCUCGACUUUGGUGAUCUAAUCCUAUAACACGCUAUACCACCUCAAAGCCACCUCUCCCUUCAUGCCGUUCGAAAGACCUCGCGUUCGCGCAGAGGGUCCAGGUGGGCCUGAUGUGAAACAAGGAGCAAAGAUUGCUUGUCUCGAUUGUCGAUCUGCCAAAAUACGUUGCUCUGCACCUACGGAUGGAAGGGUGCCAUGUAAAAGAUGCGCUCGUCAUGGUCGUGAAUGUGUUUUUGAAAAACAUCGAAGAGGUCGUAAACCUGGAAGAACAAACAAUGCAAAGCAUGAUAGUGAUAUGUACAAUGAUGAUUAUCUCGAUGACGCCAGCAUGCAUUCUGGCUCACAUGGAAGUAUGGGCGAUUACAGUGGUUACAGUACUGGAAUGUCUUCGUCUUACGGUAUGCCAUCUCCUGGCAUACAUUCGAUGGCAUCUCCCAACUUUGCAAGAAGGCACGAAUCAGACCGAUUUGAUCAACAUCGUGCGCAAUCAAGUCAUCACAUGCAACAACAGCAAACUUAUACGCAUUCACCGUAUAGCCAACACCAAGCACACGGCAAUGAGAACAAAAGCAAUUCAUGGAGACAGACAAUACAAGCAGACGAUCCACGCAUGAUAAGCCCUCGCAUUGCAGGUUCACGGCAACUUCCCGCCUCUACCAGUCAAUCAGCGAAUCAGUCCACUUCGCAGUUCUCUAGACCGUCUUUGUCUCCACCACACGGACGUGAAGUUCAACCAGGUUAUUCUUCCUACGCUUCCCAAUCAUCAGCACAGACUGACAGCCAAAACGGAAGCAGAAGGGCGUUGGACUCACAGAACCGAAACGAGAGCGAUCAACAUCUGAAAUUACACCUUCUAAGUAGCCCAAUGAAUGCUGCACCUCCUUCGCCGCGUCAUCAAAGCAAUCCUUACGGUGGCCAGAGGAGUGCCUCAGGUGGACCAUACUCCAUCAAUCGUCAAGAUCAACAGCCUCUCGCUUCGCCACCUUCGUCUGGUCUACAAUCGUCUUCGUACGGCAGUGGAACGACACCAGGACGCUCAUGGUUAGACUUCCCCACUCCGGGCACUCGAUCAUUGUUAUCGCCUUCUCAUCUGAUGAUGACGUCAAUUGGUACUUUCCCAUCUUCGAACGGAAGUUUACCGAGUGCCUGGCCUGGAUCUGCGAUCACAAGUCCACACAGCAAGCGUAGAGGUCCAACUGAUUAUUUCGCAGGUGCGGUCCCCAUCAACUCGCAAGGUCAACAUUCGAAUUCUUCCGCUGAUCGAUUUUCAAAUGUGCAAAAUCUAUCUCACAAGGGAGAUGCUUCGUCAGCCGCCUCACCUAAAAGAAAUGAUGUGGACCAUGACGACACUGCAAACAAGAAGCGACGCUUAGAAACACAGAACGAUGAGCGUUACAGCUCAACCUCACGGGAAGACACUUCAAGAGAUUCGCGACACACUGUUACAUCAUCCGCCAGCUCUCAUUCACAACGCGCGCAAUUCGAAGCUGUUGAUGAAGAGCAAGUUGACCGUUUGGGCGAUGAUGAGAUGGGAGGCGUGCAAAACAUUGAUGUCUUGUCAACACCGUUGACGUUGUUAGCACAUGCUUCAGAUGCUGCGCUGGCUUUACGACAGGCAAAAGGUGAAGCAGAAAAUGCUAUGCCACGUCCUACGACACAAGGAGCUGCGACUAUGGGUUUACUUUCUCCUCCAGUACCUGCUAUUCCUGCUCCUCGAAAGUGGUUUGAUACUGAUCGAUUACCAAGUAUGGGCGUGCAAAAUAGAGGUGGUCUAUUGCCCAAGUUAACAAGUGUCGCUCACCGUCGCACAUUUGAUCGUUUCUCACGCACUCGUGAGAAUGAUUCAUUUGCUUCUCCUCUCACCAGAUCCGUCUUUCCUCCGCCUAGUUUAUCAGUGGUAGGCCGCUCAAAGAGCUAUACUGCUGUUGAAGCUGCAAAGGCUGUCGGCGUUUCUAGACCUGUGUAUCCACAACAACCUUAUAUCGAAAUUUCAGCAACGCCAAUCAUUGCUCCAGUCACCCAAAGUGAAAGGAGAGCAGAGGUUUUGGGUAUUCAUACAGAUGUUGAUGGUCGUCAAAUUGAGAUCGCUGCUGCUACGGGUAUUGGUUCUGCUCCUAGCGAAAAGGCUAUCACUGCCAGCACGUUGGAUCCUGAUGCGUGGGAAUACCGUAACGGUCGUGUUCGCUCUAAGCAAUAUUCGUCGGGACCUACGCACAGUGGCAGUGGAACGAGCUCAGCACGAGAUGAGGUCCAAACAGCGAAUCAAGAUUUGGAAGCUCGCUCACCUGAACAUUCUUCGGAGACAGUCUCACAGCAGGAACAAGAACAAGACGGCAAAUCAUCUGAUGCAUUGUCCCAACAGAACAAAUUUCGGGCUCGCGUUGGCUCUUUCGAUACCCAACGUCGAUGGGAAGUCGUGCGUAGAAGGCCUAGCAGGCCUGCGAUUGAUGCGAUCGAUGAGCAUGAUUCGCAAUCGAACAAGCAUGAUGUUGUACUUGAAGACGCAAAGAGUGAAGGAAGUAGUGAAGGCAGUGAAAAGCUUGGAGCGUCACACCAAGACUUCUUCUCGAUGGGUAUCUUCCAUAGUAAGAUGGACAACGAUAUCGACUUGGAUCCAGUGCAAAUCGGACUAAUUGAAUUAAGCGAAUUGGAGAGCUUGUUUGACAUCUUCUUUGCUCGGAUCAAUCCUCUCCUGACAAUCUUUGAUCCGUUCUUGCAUAGUGUGACGUAUGUCCGCAAUCGAAGUGCACUCUUGACAACCGUCAUUGCGGCCUUGGCUGCUCGUCUGUCGGAUGAAGGCAGACAUGCAAAACUCGCGGUAGUGUUGGAAAGUCAUUGGAGGCAAAAGCUUUUGCCUGAAGCAAUUUUGGGAGGUUACAAGAGCGUUGAGCUGGCGCAGGCUUUCCUCGUUUUAGCAAUUUACCAUAAGCCAACCAACAGAUUGUCGGAAGAUCGUUCGUGGCAAUAUCUUGGAUUUGCCAUUCGUAUUGCGACUGAAAUCGGUGUCAAUAGACUCACACAACCAAAUGACGAAGCUAAGGACAACGAGCAAGUACGUCGAAGAAUACGCAAUCGUCAUAGGCUCUGGAUUUCGUUAUGGCUCACUGAUCGCAGUUUGAGCUUGCAGACGGGUCGUCCAGCAACGAUUGCUGAAGAUGAUUUGGUGGCCAAAUCUGAUUUAUGGCACCGUGAAGAUUUUGCAUUGCCUGAAGAUGCUCGUUUGGUCAGUCUCGUCAAGCUUACACGAACUUGCACCACAUUUGUUGAUGCAUUCAGCGAAAUCAUCGGUCAAAGCAAUGCCAUCUUGCGAGCCCAUCCGAUCACAAUGGCACCUGUUAUUGUGCAAGCGCAGGAAAGCAUCAAAUCGCUCAACCUCUGUCGUCUGCAAGCAAUGACCGAACUAGAGAGGUGGAAGGAUAUCUGGUGUGUAGAAGCAACGGAAGAAAGCACCGACGGUAUCCAAAGCUUGGCGAUCAGCACUUUCUUGGAUAAAUGGCGCCCCAGAGCAAUGUCGGAUUUGUUGUAUGUUCGCUUGCAUUUGAACAGUAUGGUCUUGGAGGCAAUGGAGAGAUAUCAACGAUUUGUUGAUGCAGCAGCCUCCCUGCGCUCUCAACCCGAUGGCUCCGCGGAAGUCAAGACCGGCUUGGAAGACAGCAAUGCAUCCUCUGCUGUUGCUUCUACUGAAUCACUCGCUCUGCAAAAAGAAGAACUGAAGCUCAUGAUCAGCAAUGUAGCAUUGGAUUGUUGGGAAACAUCUUUGCAAAUGAUCGACAUUGUUCUGGGCAAAGUAUCCGAAGAUGAUCUAUCUGCAGGUCCGAAUGCAUUGGCGAUCAAUGUAAUUUAUGGUGCUUUGGCUGCUUUACGAUUGAGCAAUGCAAGUCAAUACGCUCAACGCUCUUGGACAAAUCGAGAUGAGAUCCUAAAGCGUUGCAAAGCUUUGGCAGAGGCUUUAACGAGAGCAGGUCAAACGCCCGAUCACAGAAAUGGUGCAGCAGCACCGUUCGGUAUCUAUCUGAAAGGAAUCACGACCUUAUGGGAGACUGAAAACGUUGGUGUUCCGAGCAAAGAGAGUGAUGAUGGUGAAGAAGAGGUGACUGCUGAUACAAGCGUCACCGCUCAUUCUGAUUCGAAAGAAAGCGUGUUAGGAAAGGGUGAGAAAUCUGCAUCUUUGCCAUCUUCGAAUGCAACUGAACAAUCAGGCGCCAAUUCGAACACUAUCGAUAAGCAAGUGCUCUUGCAAGGUGCUGUGGUUCCAGAAGAGGUCUCCACUGCCCAACAAAUGGACACCAAUCCGAUUACAAAAGCUGCACCCAGUACUCCUUCAACUACCUCGAAUGUCAAUAAUGCAACACAACAAUACUCCGUCGGUGACGAGAUUUGGGGCUCUUCCACCUCUUCAAACCAUGGCAAUCGCAAUCAUCAUCGAGCUGCAUCAGGAAACGUUCAAGGUACAUCUGAUGCUGAAUCAAUGGACAGAAUGUGGGAUUACUUGACAACAUAUCCAGACGUUGGCAGUACGUUCCCGAUGAGUCUUUGGCAACCUCCUUUGACGAAUAACAAUAAUCUUACAUCCCUUCAAGGUGCAAUUUCAGCAAACAUUCCGCAAAAUAGCGAUCAUGCCGACAUGAACGGCUCAUUGGCAUCUAACGACGUCUCAAUGAUGAGUGAUCCAAACAAAGUCGCAGCAGCUGCCGCUGCCGCUGCAGUCGUUGCUGCCAAUGUGAAUCUCAACAUGGCUACAGCUGCUCAUCCUUCCGCUGUCUGAUACGUCUCUUUUCAAGCACCCUCCAAUAACCCGACCAUUUCUUUUUUUUCUUCUCCCUCUUGUGCUUCUUAUUUGUUAUGGGUAUUUGUUAUCGAGCUUUCUUUUACUUUUUUUUGAUAGUCUUUUUCUGGAAUUCUUAUCCCUUUAUCUUCAAUAUGUGUAUGUAUCAUUUUGUCACCUGUGUUCUAGAAUAUGCUAAUGAAGUGUACACAAUCCAAAAAAAAAGUAUGAAUGAAGA